AUGGAAGAAAAAGAGACACCUGGCCCGACGAUUGGCAUAAUCUCCUUGGGGGAGAUGGGCUUAGGUAUCGCUCGACUCCUUCAAACAUUCCAAUACAAUGUUGCCACCACACUAGACGGCCGAAGUCCUUCAACAGUGGAGCGUGCACGAUCUGCUGACAUUGCGAUAUACCCCUUGUCUAUCAUGGUCGACACUGUCGAUAUUAUUUUGUCCAUUGUUCCACCCGAGUCGGCCAUAUCUACUGCAGAAUCUGUGCUUAAAGCACUCGAAAGCGACAGGCGGCCGAUAAGCAAUCAAACAAGCAAUCAAAGCAGUUCUGGCAGGAGGCUGAUUUACUGUGACCUCAACGCAGUCUCGCCAUCAACGAGCAUCAGGGUGGCAGAAUUAUUCACCUUCUGCUCGUAUCGGUCGAUCCAAUGCAUAGAUGGUGGUAUUCUCGGUGGCCCUCCGACUCUCAAUAAUGCAUCUGAUGCGCUUUCAAUUCAGGCGUGGUCACGUCCUCGCAUUCCGCUCUCUGGCCCAACCAAACUUCCAAAUUUCCCGAGCCCUGCAGCUCCAGACCUUACCCUCUCAGCUAUACUCAACAUCAAACAUAUUUCAGAUGAGUUGGGUCGAGCAUCUGGCCUCAAGUGCUGCUUUGCCUCCUUGUUGAAAGGGUUCCAAGCACUAGCGCUUCAGUCGUUCAGUACUGCUGAAUCUAUGGGAAUCCUGAAUGAGCUCGACGAAGCGUUGGACGAUAUGGCGCCGGAAAUGGCCAGAAGGGUAAAAAGAGGCGUAUCAGUUGUUCCGAGGAAGGCGUGGCGAUGGAUAUGGGAGAUGGAACAGAUUGGCGAGUGUUUUGGGGAGACUGGUGGCUGGGAUGAAGCCCACGAGAAUAGCAAGGUUUUCGCGAAUAUUGCAGGUGUUUUCGAUGUAUUGGCGACGCAGACUGAAGUAGGAAAGAAGCGUGAGGAAGGCGAGUGGAAACGAAACGUCCAGGAAUUAUCUGAGGCAGUUAACAAAGGAGCGGGUUAG